GCGCUCACCGUCGACCGGGCGCGGGCGCUGCUGCGAGGAGGCGCGGACUCUUCAGCCGGCGAGCCGUCGGCCCUGGAGCGGGCGCGCGUCCUCUGCUCGUGGAGCGAGUCGGAUCCGACCGCUGCGGCCGUCGGCUCCACAGUCGCGGUCCACUCUCUGGUCUCGCGGCCCUCGAUGAACGGGAAGGCGCGCUAUGGCCUCUCCCUCACUCGACGGAUCCUCGCUUUGGACACCCCCAUGCCUCUCCCCUUCCUCAGGCCGGCCAACCUGGAGCCAGCGGCCGAGGCGGUGGAGGUGGGCAGGCUCAUCCUCAAGGCUGCGGAGUGGUCGCCGCAGUCGCACGAGCUCUUCCCGGAGGCGGCUCGCAAGUGGGCGGUCGAGGUGAUGCGGCUGGGCUACCUGAUCGCGUGGGACGAGGAGCGCUUCGACGGCGAGGGGGCGGCGCCGGGGCUGGUGGACCUCUGGCGCAGCUUUGUGCUGCCGAGGGUGGUGGUGCGGGCCGCCGCAGGCGCACCGCGUUCCCCAUGA